UGUCUAACGGUCCAGCAGGAGGCGCUGAAACAGGCGCGCGCUGGAGAUCCUCCGCGGGAGCAUCGAUUAUCAGAAUGGCUACUGAGAGUUGUUUAAGCAGCUCCCAGAUCAACAAGAUUGACAAUGAAAAACUGGUAAGACCCAAAGUGCAAUUGCAAACCCUGUUAAAAGAUGCAGGUGCAGACAAGGAUGUUUUCACCAUGAAGGAGGUCAUGUUUUACCUCGGUAAGUACAUCAUGAGUAAGGAGUUAUACGAUAAACAGCAGCAGCACAUCGUCCACUGCGGGAACGAUGCACUCGGUGCAGUGCUCGGAGUGGCCAGCUUCUCAGUCAAAGAACCACGAGCUUUGUUUGCAAUGAUUUCAAAAAACCUCAUAGCAGUGAAAAACCCAGAGUCUCAGUCAACCUUUUCAGAACCCAGGAGUCGAACUGAACCUGACAGAGGGCCAGAGGGGAUAAACUCAGACUCAUCUACCUCAGUGCAGCAGCAACAGCGCAGGAGACGGCGAAGCAGUGAUCCUUCAAGUUUCUCAGUUGAGGAUGAAAGCAGCGAGCCCAGGAAAAGGCACAAGUCAGACAGCUUCUCUCUGACGUUCGACGACAGCCUGUCAUGGUGUGUGAUCGGAGGCCUUCGCAGAGAGAGAGGGAGCAGCGAGUCUUCAGACUCAUUUAGCAAUUCGGAUGUAGGUAUUUCUCAUAGUGAGAACAGUGAUGAGAGUGAAGAUUCUGACUCUGAUAACUUCAGUGUGGAGUUUGAGGUGGAGUCCAUUGAUUCGGACGCAUACAGCGAGAAUGAUGACGACUCUGUACCAGGAGAAGAUGAGGUAUAUGAGGUUACAAUCUUUGCAGAAGAUGAAGACUCCUUUGAUGAAGAUCCUGAGAUCACUGAGGCAGACUACUGGAAGUGCUCUGAGUGCGAUGAGCUGAACCCUCCACUCCCUCGACACUGCAAAAGCUGCUGGAAAGUUCGACCAGACUGGCUGCCAGAGAUAAACUCUAGCCUAGAGCAUCCCAGCAAUGACACCGAAAUGAGCGCAGCUGCUGAUAGCACCUGUCUCAGUACAAACCUCAGCUCUGCCUCAGAAUCCAAACCCUUACCCUCAAAGCCUUCCAGCCCCACCCAUGAUCCUGAUGAAGGUAUGGAUGUACCGGACGGCAAGUGUUCACGAUCACCUGCCACGAGCAGAGACGAAUCCACAGCUGCCACUGCUGCAGCCACUUCCGUCUCAGAUUCCCAGGGUUCAAGCCUUUCCUCCUCUCAGCCCUCCACUUCCUCCUCACAAGUGGCACACAGCCAGGAGGAAACUCCCGAGCUGGAGCGCUUCAACAGUCUGGAGGCCUGCCUUCCCGCCACCUGCCUGGAGCCCUGUGUCAUCUGCCAGAGCAGGCCCAAGAACGGCUGCAUCGUCCAUGGCCGCACAGGACACCUCAUGGCCUGUUACACCUGCGCCAAAAAGCUGAAAAACCGCAACAAGCUGUGUCCCGUCUGCAGAGAGCCCAUUCAGUCAGUUGUGCUGACCUACGUGAGCUGAUGGACUGCGUAAAUAAAUCAUCAGUUACCUCAAAUUCCUCAACCCCCCACCCCCACAGAUAAUUAAAUUAGAAAUUAAAAAUGUAAAAAAAAACAAAAAAAAACAAAAACACUGCAUUAUACAUUGUGUUUUUGUGUUAAUGUAUUAUUCGCAAGCUGCAGUACUUUAAUAACUUUAAACUGCAAUAGUUUAAUAGACUAAAGAAACAGGUUGUUUGAGCUGAAUAAUACCAUUUAAAAUAUCUUUUUAUUUAAGUAGCAGUUAAUGCCAUAUCACAUCUGUAAACGUGUAAAAUAUUAUAAAGUUUCUUUGUAUAACUAUCUUUCAGUAGGAAAUAUCAUUUGUAAGUGUGAAAUUCUUUUUAUGUGCAGUCAAGAUUGUACAGUAAGUAAGUUAUAUUAGGAAAAUAUGCUCCAAAUGAAUGUUCCCUGUAAUUUUUUGGACUCUCUGAAGAAGCUUUUAUAUUUGAUCCUUUUUGAAAUGCAUAUGAAGUUCUCUUUUGCACUGUACUGUGCUGCACAGUUGAUACUCACUCCUUAUACAUUACUUAAUUUCACCAAGUUUGCUGGGAUAAUAAAUACUUGAUUCUGAUGUAUUUAUUUUAUUUUUAACCAUACGUUUGUAGCUUUAUUAUUUCGCUUUCCUGGUUCGCUUUUUGGUCCAGUGAAAGGAUUUUCUUGGUGGUUUGAAGGUGGUUUCGCCCUUUAAAGAUGCAAGAGUAAAGUUGGCAGUCUGAAUUGAUUUUGUACCACUAAAAAUGGCACUUUCACAAUGGCAGUAUUGCUAUAUAGUAUUGAUUUCAUCACAUCUUUUUGUGCAGUGGAACAUUUCUUCAGUAGGAUUAGAUUUCUCAGCUUCUGCUCAGUCACUUUAGAUUAAUUACGAGUGAAAGCGCACAAUCCUCUUAAAGGGCCCAUGUACAAAAACAUUUGAUUAUAGUGGAGCUGGUGGUUUUGAUAUCAGUACUCUAUCAACAGGUACUUAAGAGGUUUGGAACUUAGAAUUGGUAUUACCCUAAUGCUGGGUAUUGUAUUGGUUUACUGAUUUUGAUGUCAGUCAGUAAAACUGAUUUUCAGUGGUUUUGAUAGAUAAAAGUUUAGUUAACUGCAAUGUAUGUCAUUAGUUAGGUGCCUCAGACUGUUAUGAAAAGAAAAAAGUAGAAAAUACAAAUUUUCUGGAAAUGUGAUUUCUGUCUGUUUAAUAUGUCAGGAUUAUAAGACACUGUGUAGACGCAGGGGUUCUUAAACUUUUCCACUUCAAAGUUGUUAUCACUAAAGCAUAAAAGAAAGGAUAAAGGCACACGAUUUUGGAAAAUUUUCAGCUAUGUUUGGGUGCCUACCCUGCAAUAUGUUAUGUGGAAAUAAAAUGCCAGCAGGUUAGGUUGUUAGCUUGUUUACACCACAAAUCAGGCAUAAUGGUUGCAAAUAAAGUGGAAUGUUUCUACAACAGUUUUUACGUCAGUCGCUUGCGACUGGACAGCUGAAACAUUGAGAGAAAUGAGAAAUAGGUUUUAUAUUUCUAUUAUUAUGUCAAUUAGUUUUUCACUGAUUUGUGUGACAAAUGCCAUCACCUGCCACUUUGGACCACUGGCACCCCCCUCGGUAUGGGUCCGAGGACCACCAAAGUGUGCUGCAAGGUCCAUUGCAUAGUGCUUGAGAAGCCCUGUGCUAGAGGAAUGCUCUACAGGUCUGACGUAUUAACCAGAUGUUUUCAGGAAACACAGGUUCAUUAACAUUAUCAAAAUAUUACAAUAGCAUGACCUAUCAGGAAAAUAUUGUGAUUGGGAGUUCUCAGAUAACUGAGUGUAGCACCUAGUGCAUUCAUGUUUUUUAACCACAGACAUACUAAUCAACUAGACAAUAAAUUGAAAAUUAUUUUUUUAUUUAUUUUUCUACUCUCUCUUGCAUCUGUGUGAGGUUUCGAUGAGCUUUUUGUUUCACUGGCACUUAAAGACGGAACUCAUCCAAUACUGGGUGUCAGUAUUGGGCAGUUAUCAGCAGACAGUGCUAGGCUGGAUAUUGUAUCGUGUAUUGUGUGCAUUUCUUCCUGUGGGCUGGUAGUGUUUUGAGUAGUUUGAGCAUGAUGGACUACUUUUAGAUGCUUCAUUUACAAACAGCUAAUUUAAAAACCUAGUUGAAGAAAUACCGGAUUGGUAUGAGUUGACACUCAGGGUUUCAAUAUUGGAAGAGAAAAAGGCCCAGAAAAGUCUGUUGGCUCUGUGUUGUGUGCUCAGCUGGUGGCAGGUGCUUUUGUCGUUUGUUGUUGACUUUGUCUAUGGGUUACUAGGAGAAUCCUCUAGUUACCAGACCCUUUCUUUUCAUUCAGGGGCAGGAGGCAUGUUACAGCCUGUUCAGUGUUCACAGAGUCUCCCUGAUGACAAUCUGGUACACAUACACAGACAGUUCUGUCAACUGAAUCAGCUCAAUUCAGAAUUCCUGGAGGGCCUGCAUAUAAUAAACCAAAAUUCCCCUGUCCUGAGGUCAUACCUGAAUUUUAUUCUAAAUUUGAUAAGUUAUCGCCAUGUGCAUACGGGUGAUUACUAAAGUGACUUGAGCACACAGUUUCUGUGGUUUGGAGA